GCGUCCGACGUGUACUCCUUUGGCGUGCUCCUCUGGGAGAUGUACCAUUCGAAGCCGCCCUACAAGCGCUCCGGCCGCCAGGGCUUCGUCCUGCGCCGCGGCUUCCCUGCGUUCGCAGACCCCGCGCCGCCGCGCUUCACCGAGCUCGCUACGGCCUGCAUGGCGCAGGCGCCGCGCGCGCGGCCGUCGUUCUCGCAGAUAAAGGAGGAGGUUGCGCAGAUGCUCGAGGCGCCGUGGCUGGACGCGCCGCCGGCGGUUGCGGCGGCCGCAGCGGCGGGGUUCGAGGGGCCGUGCUCGCCGCAGGCGCCGUACACGCCGCAGGGGCCGUACUCCCCGCAGGGGCCGUGCUUGCCGCCGGGGCUCUACUCGCCGCAGGGCCCGGGCUCGCCGCAGGCGCCACCGCCGCCGCUGCAGCCGCCGCCCGGCGCUGUAUACGGGGCGUCGGCAUUUUACGCGCCCGCGCAGGCGCCGCCGCCGCUGCCGCUGCCGCCCGGCCCCAGCGCGGGCUACCCCGGCGCCGCCGCGCCCUCCGCCGGCCGCCCGGCUUUUGGCGCGGCUAGCGGCGGCUCGGGCGGCGGCGAGGGGCCGAUGGGCGGUUAUGCCGGCCUCAUGGCCGCCGGCGGCGCCGCGGGGUACGGCUACGACGGCCUCUCCGCGCUGCCGUCCGCGCCGCCGCCGGCGGGGCAGCUGCUGGGCCCGGGCGGCGCCGGGGGAGAGUGGAGCGGCGCCAUGCAGCAGCAGCAGCAGCAGCAGGAGCUGUAUGUGUUGCAGCAGGAGCGCCUGCGCGGCUUCGAGGAGCAUAUGGAGCAGCAGCGGCGCCAGCUGGCGGCGCUGCAGCAGCUGCAGCAGCAGCUGCAGUUGCAGCAGCUGCAGCAGGCCCAGCUGCAGCAGGAGCAGCAGCAGCAGCCGGCGCCUGAUGCGGGCGCCAAGGGCGCCGCGCCGGCGGAGUCUCUCGCCGCUGGCGUCGGCGGCGCCGCCGCCGCGUCGAGCGGCGCGAGCGGCGGGGGGUCGGUCAUGGCCCAGGCGUCGCCUGAGUAUUUGAUGCCGAUCGAACUGCGCCAGGGGCAGCUCUUGAAUUCGCGGCGCCACCCCUCUCUGAAGGCCGACGACGCGCAGCUGGCGGCGGUCGCAGAGGCAGUCGCCGAGGCGCACGCGGCCGCGGCCGGUGCGCGCCGCGCGCGCGAGGCUCCGCCGGACGGGCCAUCCGCGGCCGCGCCCACCCCCGCGCCCGCCGGCACGCCAGUGUGGGGGUCGGUCGGCCCCGCCUCUGCGGGCGGGCCGCCCGGCCUCGCGUCGGCGCGCUUCGGCGGCGCACAGGGCCCUGCCGCGUGGCGGCGGCCCGCGGGCAGCGGCGGCGGGCACGGCAGCGUCAGCGGCAGCGGCAGCCUCUCGGAUGUCUCUGACAGCGAGGAGGACGACAGCGGCGAUUGGGACGACGCCGGCAGCAGUCACGGCGGUUACGGCGGUUACGCGGGCCGCAGCAACCACACCACCGGUUACUUGGCGCGGGAGGGAAACGGCCCGACGGCGGGAGGGGCCGCGGAGGGGGCCAGCGAGGCGGGGCGCGGCGGCGGCGGCGAGAGCAUCGGGCCGCCGGCCCGGAUCUGA